ACAAAGGCACCGCGCGCGAUGUUCUUGUCUGUUUGCAAACGGCAAUUUUUAAGUAAUUUCCAAGGGUUUACUGCAUAACUACACAAUGAAUUUCGAUAGAACGGUGCAAUUUCAUUCAACGCAACAUACUCCAGUAAGAAAUAGACGGACUCGACAGUUACUUGAAAGAGAAAAUACGCUAAAUCUCUCGCCGAUCCUUAACGAAACUUCCAUCUUCAAAACACUCAAUGAUACGAGCUUGCGACAAGUUUUAGAUGAAUCUUCGAUAGUAGUGAAUACGGGAAGCGCCGGCGAUGGUUUGAAUGAAGCCUUCUUCGAGAUAAUACAGACUAGCAGAGCGACCGAUGUGCUAGAUACAUUAGCGAGGUUAGCUCAAGUUUGCUGCGAUUCUCUGGAGUUAGUAGAACCCUGGAACAGGUAUAAUGCUCAAAAUUAUUGGUUAGCGGAGGAGGCUAAUACAUGGAAGCUUCUUCAUUGUUUAUAUGCAGAUUCUAUAACUGAACAUCCCGAGUCCUUAGAUUCUUUGUUGACUGGAACCAUACUGUCACAGCAGACUCUGGUCAGUGCUUUGUUUCAAAGUGACUCUGAGCUUAGACUAUUACAGCUGCUAGUAGAUUGGCUGGAAGCUACAGCAGCAUAUCAAGAGGAGGCAACCAAAACAUCAGCACCCGUUAUAGGCAACAAUAUACAUUGGGGAAACACACUUCAUCAGUUGUUAAUUGGAUCCAGUUUGUUCAAUAAAGAUAAGAAUAAGGCCAUGAUAACUUGCAUGGAUCCUGAUGCACCAAAGCGUCAGAUGAAAACUAUACACUCUGAUGAUCAAAAGGAUGACAAUGAUUUGUGUAAAAGAAUUUUCACAGAAGUGCGUUGUGGAAAAUUUAAGGAGGCAGUAUCCCUUUGUAUUAAUGCUGGGCAGGCAUGGAGAGCAGCAGUGUUGCAAGGAUGGAUAUUGCUGCACUACUUGCCCAGGGAUGAGCCCAAUGCUCCUCUAGAAAUAACUGGAAAUCCAUCUAGGGAUCUGUGGAAGUGGUGUGCAUUGAGCAUUGCAAAUAAUGUUUCUGAGAACAUUUAUUACAGAGCAACUGUAGGCAUACUGUGCGGUCAUUUAGAGAGCACACUUCCAGCUUGCCAGGGGAAUUGGGAAGAUUUGCUAUGGGCACACAUGAGAUCACAGAUUGAAGCCAGAGUAGACAAAUUCCUGCAUGAACAUCACGCCACUGUUGAUGCAAAUACCACAACACCAGAGGUUUUGGAGUUGGUGCAAACAAAGCUUAAAGUUGAAGAGAUAUCUUUGCAGCAAAUUUUUAGUGCUGUGAAGGCACUGAUGGAUGGCAAGAGAGAAUCAAAUUAUCAGACUUGCCAACGUCAUCUGAUGCUUGGUCACAUCAGAAUUAUAAUGCAGGAAUCUCUGCAGUGGCUUGAUGAGGGUGAAGAGAGAUUUAUCAGGUUUCUGGCUCAUUUGAUUUUAAUAUUGAGACAAAUGGGGAAGGAUCCACAACAUGAUGUGGGUGACAAAGUUUUGGAGAAAUAUGUUACACAGCUGAUUGAAAAACUUGAUGGAUCAAUUGAAUGUCCUGAAUUGAUUGCCUAUUAUACCUCAACAGUGCCAAUAUCAAGACAAAUUCUACUUUAUGCAGAGCUUAUGGACAAGGUUCAUAAGAGUGACUACAGACAAGGAGUUGUUAAAGCUGGAAUGAGUGCAGGAGUGGAUGUGGCAGCCUCAGCUAGAGUCGCUAUUAAGAAGGCCAUCACUGAUAUUCAGCAAGGUUAUGGAAAUUUAGACUUAACAUUUACUCAAACUACUGCAGUUGAAAAAGACAAAACAUUGAUCACCAAGGUGAUAUCAUCUCUUGAGUGGUUGUCACUGAUAUCUAACCAGCUUGAGGAAGCUUUAUGGCUGAGCAAUGCCAUGAUUCGUACAUUCAUAUUCAUUGGAAACACAGAUGCAGCACUAUCCUGUGUAGUCAAUGUCAGCCGAAUGUUCCCUGAUUUUCUCAAUAAAGUUUCUUCUAACUCCUCCGAACUAAGGGAACAUUUGUGCCUGAAAGCAUAUUUGGAAGCCCUUGAAGGGUUUGCAACCUGGUACAGACAUUUCAUAAGUGGCCAACCUAAAGAUGUAGAACCUUUGCCUGCAGAUGCUACAUUCUCAGACAAAGUGCAUCAUGAGCAGAGAUGUGCUCAAGUUGAACAGCAAAAGCAGAGGUGGAUGAAUGCUGUGCUACACCAAUCUCGUCACACGAAGAACUUACUGUACAAUGUUUUACUUUUCCCUGGUGGAUGGCUUCAAGACGAAAACGACAGUACAUGUUCUCCUAACUUCACUGAUGAAGAAAAACAAGAGAGAAUCAAACAGUUGGAAACAUUGAGACGUCUUUGCAUUCCUGAAGUUGUAAUUCUGAUACUGAAAAUCUUGCAGAGCAAUGAUGAUAUUGAAAACCACAAGGAAGCCUUGAAAUUGAGCAAUUUGAUUGCAGCAGAAAAUAGAUGUCUCUACAAAGUUUUCACAAAAAAUAAACUCAUGGAGGUAUUGGAUAGGAUCAAGGAAUCUUCACUGUUGCUGUUGGAGAAAGGAAGAGAUAUGUUUGGUUAUGAAAUAAGUGAUUAAUUUUGUUGCAUUUAUGCUUUUUAAUAAAUAUUUGUCUUAACAA